AUGCCACGGCGCAAGUCGGCCGUGCAUGGCCGCGCCGCCCGCGCAGACGUCCCCCAACCGCGCAGCCAAGACUGCUGCCUGCCCUUUGCGGCGCCCCCUCCCGGCAGCCCGCCCCGGACACCCGUGCCGCGCUACCUGUUCCGGGUGUGCUCGCCGCGCUCCGCGGCCGGAGGGUGCACGACGCCGCCCCAGUGGGCGGUGAGCCUGAGCGCGGCCUCGGGCCACGCGCUGUCCCGGACCGACCUCUUCCGGCUCGACGACGCGAAUGUCGCGGCCGACAUGGUCUUGCGGCACCUCUGCUGGCAGUCUUCUUCACCAGCGCCUCCGCCGCCGCCAGCCGCGGUGGUGGCGGCCGACAACCUCCUGUCGUGGACGAGCUCGCUGCUCGCCGCCCUCGUCUACCUCUUCUACCGACGCGCCGCCGACGAGCUCGGCGAGGUCUGGCUGUGCGUCGUCGACACGACGCGGUUCGCGACCGGCACGUUUAUCCGCGACGCGGACCUUGUCGGCGCGUUUUGCGACGACCGCCGUCUGGGCGGCGGCGGCUGGUCCCGCGGCGAGUACCUCACGCAGGGAGCGCUCGGCCUCGAGGGCCGCUGCGCCGCGGCCACGGCGUGCCACAUGCUCGACGCUGGCCUGCUCGAGCUGCACCCGCGCUUUGCCCGCAUGGCGCGCUGGUCGAGGCAGGACGCGGCGGCGGCGUGUGGCGGCGUCAUGGCGGAGCUGCGCCGCCCGUUUUACGAGCCUCGGGAUCCGCCGGCGGGCAGACGACGCGUGUUUGCGAAUGAUGCCCAGAUUAUGAGCCGCAUCGGGGACUUGUUUGGCGUGGGCUGGCGCGCGCCUGUCGCCGUGGCGCUGCUGUCCUUGGCGCCCAACAGGACGGGCGCGGGCGAGUUGCUGCUGAACUUUGGCAAACUCGGUCAGCAGUGGGAUCCCAUCACCGAAAACUGUCUUGACCCGACAUGCACGGCGGCAGUGAACCUGGACAAUGAGGUGCCAGAGGUGGCCGAGUUUAUACACAACCUCAAUGAUGCGUACCGAGAAUUCUGCGACGCCAGAGUGCGCGAACACAUCGACGACGUGCUUCAAGCCCUCGAUGCGGCGCGGGGUCUCAUGCAGUUGGCGGACAGUGUGCAGCAGCCACCAAGAGACUAUACAACGACGGAGCAGAGGCUGCGCAUGUCCAGGCUCGUUCAAAAGGUAAAGGACGCGGUACAGGAAUGUCGUGCGCCGCGGCCGGCAGAGCCUUACCGGUGA